GCGGGACACAAGGGCGGAAAAUCCAUCCCACUGCGAAGCCGAAGCAUUUUCCUACCUUAAUAUGAAGGCAGACGAUUCUGCGCGUGAUGAUGCGAAAACUAAGGUUUCUCAGCUUCCAACUCCAGUCCGAAAUGAAGCGAAGGCGGGCUUGUAUGUCUCAUGUUGCUUGUCUUGAAAUUUAGUGUGUGUCUUUGUUCAUGGAGGGCUGAAGAGUUCUGUUCCCCCCACAGGAAUCCUUAGAGGGCUAAUUCGCAAAAGGCACUGAGCACUACUCCCAACACCAGAAUGCAGUUGGGUUUCAAUCUCUGGGGGUGGUGCACAGUUUGUCCACGGUGCGCCAAAACCAGAAUUUCAUCCUUCAACUCUGGGCGCCGUUGUGUUGGAGGUCCCGCCCUGCAACCUUCGAACCCAUGCUGCCUUGAAACCCUUGAGCCUUGGAACCUUGGGUGCUACCAUCUUGCAAACCUCCAGCGCUGAAAGAUUGAAGCCGGACCCCUUUCUGCUGUUUUUGAUAGCUCGUCAUUGCAACAGUGUCUAGUCAUAUGAGUCAUAUGCCAUUGCUUUUUCCAGUAUUGCUACGGGAAACAGAACAGCCACCAAAGAAACGCCUCCGCCCUGCCGGCGUGACAGCGCGCAGGGCUUCACAUGUUGGUUCUCAGGCGGCGUUCAGAUUACAGCGUUGCAUUCGCCGCAACACCUGGCAGCACAGGGUUCGAAGGUGACACGGCGCCUGACAGCGCUCAGGGUUCCAAGGUUGCGGUCAGACCUCAGCGCGUGAGAGUGCCCAAAGUUUCAAAUUUUGGAUUGACAUUUUGGCGCUGACAGGAACUGGCAGGUCACGUCGUUCCAGAGUUUCACAGUUUUGUUUGCGCAACAGCAAUUGUACAACGGCUUGCGGGCCACGUCGUGGGGAAAUUUAGGGCAGUAAGGCGUUUUGUUUUUGCGCGCCUUGGGCCUAAGGGCGAUGAGCCCCGCACAUGCUAGGGUGAGAACCUCCUGAAUGGACAUCCUACAGGAAGUUGAAGAAAGCGAGGCCGUCUAAAAGUCACGCAGGCGGCGCAGAGUCUGACGCAGGUGACCAGACCUGGUUCUUCAUCAACCUGAAACAGCCUUCAAGACUAUAGGGGUAGAGUGUGGUUACCAACCAUGGUUAAUUGCAGGUAUGCCAGGUUGAUCAGACUUGGCUUCCACCAUCAUGCGCAGCUUCGUUGGCAUGCGUUUGGAUUCUGAUUGCGCAACGUCAACGAGUCUCGGCCGCUCGUGACAGCGAUUUACACGUUUAGGCAUGCUUCUCGACGUUGCAAAGAACCGCCGCCGGCCAGGGAACGCAUCGUUCCAAAUGUUCAUUUUGUUGUUCGCAAGAGGAGAGAGGAGAGAGAGACUUUGUUGGUAUAGGAGUGGAUGGAUGAUGGAUAGAUCAGAGGAGAGAGGAGACGGACCUUUUUGUUCGUCAAGAUUGUUGAAACUCCUAUGGGAAGGGUGGACGGAUCAGAAAAUGCUCCUGAGCAUAGCCAAAAGGCGGGGCCCCACUCAUCAUUCAGACAAUGCCAACGAAGAACAAAACAAGAAAACAAUGUGCCAGGCUGCUGUUUGGUUGGGCGCUCUUCCGUCCCGUGUCGAGUGUUUAUCCCUUUGUCCUGUGGUCCUUUCGCCCUUGUGUGCCGAUGUGAUCUUUGCGCCAGGUGGCCGAUGAAGCCCGAAACGUGAAUGGCGUCCUGUGGUCGACACUGUCUCUCUAGCGUAUAUUCGACUUGCGGGAGUUGGACGACCUCUUCGGAGACAUUGCCAGGGACACCGUCAGCAUUCUCUAAGUGCUUAGCGCUCGGCUGGCGCUGCGCGAUGUGCUGGCGCUGCACGUGGUUUCGAGCUGUUGUGUUCAGUAUUGUUCUUGGCAUCGCGCAUCCCUUCUUUACAGAGCUAUCCAAGUCAGCUAAACUUUAUGACUUUGAGGGUGAUGUCCGACAUGGCGGUCGCCCAGUCAUGCCCUUUCAUUUGAUCACAUUGACGUUAGCCUCACAGACUCUGUCGGUUCUGCUUGCUGCAUGCAUUGUCGUGUGCAAACGUGGCUCCUGGAAGGUGGCCUCUUGCGAGCUCUUCGAUCCUAGGCAUUGCCACGUGCUUCUAAUUGGGAUGCUCUAUGGACUUGGGGAUUUCUUGCAAACGGCCGCCUGCAACAAGUCCUCUACACCCGUAGUUCUGAUGGUCGGCCAAAGCAAACUGGUCCUGUCUGCGUUGCUAUCCAAAUUCAUCCUGGGAAGCAGCAUUCCUGCGGGUUGGACCCGCCUUUUGACCUUAUCUAUGGCGACCAUGGCAUUGGCUGACAUCAGUGCCAAUGGUACACUGUCGAACAGUGAUGAUGAUGAUUACCUGGGUGCUCUCUUGGCUUUGCUGAAGGCUAUACUGUCCACCACAGGGGCAGUUUUAUCUGAGCGAGAGUACAAACAAGGAGAUGGCCAGAGUGACUUUUGGGUUGUCUCUUUUCGGGUUCAGCUGUCGAUGCUCCUCACAAGUCUCGCCUUGCUAGUUUACAACAAUGAAGUGACGCAGCUUUGGACCCACGGGAUCUUCUCAGCAGGGCCUUAUUUGCCGUGCGCUGAUGGGCUUCGGCCGAUGGCUUGCGGGGAUCACUGCACCUGUGCUACUACAACAGGAUGGGACCGCAGGACUUGCCUGGCCAUGAUUGCGAUCAUUCUCAACGGCUACUCCACCGGGUUAUUCCUGAAACACCUAUCAGCUGUAUGCAAGGCCGUGUGCAAUGUGGGCAGUUCAGGGCUUUGCUGCGCAGUUUGUUGGCUCCUGGGCUUUAGUCCCUACACGUAUGGACAGGCCGCUGUCUCGAUCAUCGUCUUGCUACAAUCCUACGAGUAUCUCGUUGAAAAGGCUGCAAUGGCAAGCAAGGAGGUGGACGAUGCAGCUUGGGCUGGGCAAUAUUCUCGCAUUACUCCCCGAGGCCGUGUUCGCCCGGGCUUUAGAUUCUGAGGAUAUGGCCACAACCUAGUUGAAAACUCGCCACGACCUCACUAUAAACGAUGCUUUUGUGUGG